GCUCAGCCCACACGUAAAGCCCAGGCAAAAAGCUCACUUUUUCUUCAGAUUACAAUUAGUACCUUCUGUGUUUUCCAACAUCUCCGACCUGCUCAGGGAAAGAACAAUGCAGACUCCUAAAUCAUUCCUCCUCCUUUUGCUCAGCCAAAGUCUGGCAGUGCACCAUGUCAUUGGAGACAUGAACGAUCCGUCGACCUACCGAGGUUCAGUUUUCCCUUGUGCAACUGGGCAAAGCGGGUACUGUGGGCUUGAAAUUAAGCAGCAGGCAAUUUUCUACAUGCUCUAUGCUCGAAAGUCCACCAAGCCCCCGAUCACGUUUGAUUGCAAUGAACAAUCUGGGACUACUCCCUAUUGCUGUAAUGACAAAAAGUUCUCCUAUACCGAUCCCAAGAAAAAUAUAACUUCCACAACCAUUGUUAAAAAUACCUGUAGCAUAGGCAAAAAGUCUCAGAACUGAUUCACAAUGUUAAUCAGAUCUUUGACUGGUUUACCUUCAAGUUCAUACUUUUUCUCUCAAAUAAGUCAAACCCCAUUUUUGAUUGAGACAGU